GCAGGUCUAUGCUUGCGCACAACCGGAGACGACAUCGACUUCUCACCAUCGUCGCGGGCACACGACCGUCGUCAGUGCGUGGUGUCCAAGGUUGUCUGCAGAGGCGGCGCUGUGUUCUUCCACGUGGCGGCGUUUGUGCAGUCCUGUGUGGUUAUUGACGUGAUGUCCUUGGAAGCGGUGUCGGGGAUGAAUAUUGACGGCGAGGUCGGGCGUGACGGUCUGACGACGGCAGAGAGGACGAUUGUCGCUGCGGUGGUGAAUGUCGUCCUUUUCCGUUGUCAAAUGGCGAGCAGCGAGGGGAAGUUCAAAGCGGCCAUUCGUGCACGCUGCAAGUUGUCGGCGCUGCCGACGAGUGGCCAGUGCUUGGACGUCGGUGCCAUUUCCGACGCGGUGCUGCAGGUCUGCUACGCGAUGGGGUGCGGCGCGUUUCCACGGGCGACUCCAAGGUGGUGGAUGAAGCGGCGGACGGGAGGGGAGACAUACGACAGAGGGACGUGUAGCUUCAGUACUGGCAGGUCUUUCGGCAUCACGGCGGUGCGAGACGUCACUGCGGCAUUGCUUACUGUGUACCCCGAUAAGAUAUCCUGGCCCACAAGUUUGCAGAAGGCGGUCGUCUUGCGCGCGUUCGCUGACAAGGGUUUUCCAAACUGCCAUGGGUGCCGCAUCGACUGCACCCACAUCUACAUCGACAAGCCCGCCGACGCCAACGGGGAGGACUACUGUGACAGGAAACGUCGAUUCUCCGUGCAGGCGCAGGUGGUCGUCGACAUGAACUUGCAUGUGCUGGACGUCUUCGUCGGUUACCCGGGCAAUGUGCAUGACAUGAGGAUGCUGAACCUAUCCAGUUUGUGGGCGCACGCGGAGGAUGGACAACUUUUCACUGGGCCGCCUGUGAUGCUGUCUUUCCGUGUGCGGACUAAUGGCUACUUGCUCGACGAUAACGGUUAUCCCCAGUCCGAAUGGAUAGUCGUCCCUUACGACGGUCUUGCGCAACACCCGACGGAGGCACGCUUCGACAACAAACAAAAGACGGCCAGGGGAGCAGUGGAGAGGGCGUUUGGCAGACUGAAGGGGAUGUGGAGGUUGUUCCUCCGCACCCACAAGUGCAACAUAGAGACCUUGCCGCAACAAUUUGUCGCCGUCUGCAUCCUCCACAACAUACUCAUCGACGCAGGCGUCCCGUUGGACGACAAUCUGUUGUGGGAGGUGGGUCCGGACGGCCUGUGUCGUAGAGUCGAUCUUGGGAUGCAUCAGCCACUGAGGCCGGUGUGCAUGGAGUCAUCAACGGGGGAUGCGCUGAUAUUGAGGGACGCGCUGGCGGAACGGAUGAGUGCGCAGUGAGGAUGGCCGUGCGUGCAGGUGGAGACCCCGCUGUGACCGUAAUAAUGCGGAAGAACGGAGCUCU